AUGUCUGAUCUAUACUUGAGUAAGAAUCCUUCUGAAACUGCGAAUGUGGAAUCGCAUGAUGUUGCCUCCGGCAAAAAUGCGAAUGUUGAAUCGUCUAAUAAAGCUAAUGAAGAAAGUGCUAAGUCUGUUUCUGAAAAAGUGAAUCAAGAAACCCUUUCUGCAAAGGAAAACCCUAUUUCUGUUGAAACCCUAGGAAAAAUCCAAAAUGUUGCUGAGAAUGUUUUUGUGACCAAUAAUCCUAGUGGUCCUGAGAAUAUGGCAGUUCCCACGAAUGUCAUAACUGAUGUUGCUGAAAAACCUCAAGAAAAGGCUGUUGUAACCGAUGUGCCAACCGGUGUUGAGCCACCCUCUAUACCAACUGAUGUUGAGAAGGAUGUUGAAGCAUCCAAAGGAGGUUCUAGCCCACAUGCUAACACUGCCACUGGGUCGUUUGGCAGUGGAUCUAAUACUGAAGCUUCCACUGAAGAGGAAGUAAACAAAGAAAGUACUCCUGAACAUGUGGCUGAUUCUGAGCCAGAGAGUGAAGCUGAUCUGCAACCUCCACCUACUCAGAAAGGAAUUGGAAGAAGACUGAGAAGCAGGACCACUACACCUGCACCUGCUGUUACCACUACCCCUGUUGUCACCAAGAAAACAAAGGACACUCCUCUGAAGCCUGUCAAGUAUGGUCCUAAGAAAGGAUGGAGCAAGUCUAUACCUCCUCCUGAGAAGAAAAAGGGUGUGCUGAAAAGGAAGAGUGCACCAUCAAGUGACUCUGAUUUUGAAGCUGAAAAGGAUGACUCAAGCAUCAAGCCUCCUGCUAAGAAGGCUAUAAGAAGAUUGACUUUGGAGAGGGAACUAGGCAAGGAUAUUCUAGAGUGUGAAGAGAUUGUGAACUUGAUCAAUGAUGCUGGAUUGAUCAAAACUGUGUGGGGCUUAGGGUCUUGCUAUGAGAAGCUGGUUAGGGAGUUUGUUGUCAACAUUCCUAUAGGUUGUGACAAUCCCUUGGACAAAGAAUUUCAGAAGGUAUAUGUUCGAGGAAAAUGUGUGACAUUCUCUCCAAGUGUGAUCAACAAGGUACUGGGUAAUGCUGAUGAUCCUCAUCCUGACAUAGAGGUAUCUGAUAAUGUGGUCUGCAAAACUAUCACAGCUGAAAAAGUGAAAACUUGGCCAAAGAAGGAGAAGGUACCUGCAGUCAAGCUGACCCAAAAGUAUGCCAUUUUGAAUCGUAUUGCAUCUGUCAACUGGGUUCCUACUACACAUGCUUCUGAUAUUGCCACAAAUCUGGGUAAGCUCAUUUAUAUGAUUGGUACUGGUACAAAAUUUAAUGCUGGUCAAUAUAUCUUCAAUCAAGUUGUGCAGCAUGCUAAGACUUCUGUCACCAAGCAACCCAUUGCAUUUCCAACUUUGAUUUGUGACAUCAUCUUGUCCCAACAUCCUAAUAUAAGGCAUGAGGGUGAGACUGCUAAGAAAAGGGCAACUCCUCUGGCCAUUCAUCAGAAGCUGUACAGUAAACAGCAUGCUCCAGAUAUUGUUGGACCAUCAAAUGCUGCUGCUGAUACUCCUAUGACAAGGAAGGAGAUGAUUGCUAUGCUGGAAGCAAACUGUAAGGAGCUAGAUGAAAAGAAGUUGCAGUUUGAAAGGAUGAUACAUGCUCUCAGGGUUGAAGAGGCUGCAGUUCAAGCAGCUGAUGUAGGUGAUGAUGGUACUAGUGGUGAAGAAGAAGCUGACUCAGAUGCUGAAGGAGAAGAAAGUGAUUCCUCCCCAAGUGCUUCUGUGUAA